AUGCGGUGGGAAAUAUAUCCACUUGAUAAGGAUUUAUUUCCCUACGUCGAAAACGAUGCAGUCACAAAAGAAUUUCUACAAAAGCUUUUUGAAAUUCUUUUCAUAUUCAUUAAAGAAACAAACGACAGAGACAUGAAAGUUUUAAAUUUUAAACAUCCCGAAGAAAUGUUUAAAAAUUUAGAUUUGGAAAUUCCAAAUAAUGGUAAAUCAUUACAAACACUUUUGGACGAUUGUCACACGACAUUAAAAAAUCAAGUAAGAACGGGUCAUCCAAGAUUCUUCAAUCAAUUAUCCUGCGGUUUAGAUUUAGUAUCAAUGGCAGGUGAAUGGCUCACUGCAACAGCUAAUACAAACAUGUUCACUUAUGAAAUCGCUCCCGUAUUUAUAUUAAUGGAAACUGUUGUCAUGCGAAAAAUGAGAGAAAUUAUUGGACCCGGAUGGGAAAAUGGAGAUUCCAUAUUGGCUCCGGGAGGUUCGAUAUCCAACCUUUACGCUUUUUUGGCGGCAAGACAUAAAAUGUUUCCUUAUUACAAGGAAAAAGGUUUAUCUGCCAUACCUGGCCAAUUGGUCAUGUACACCUCCAAUCAAUGUCAUUAUUCCAUUAAAAGCUGCGCUUCCGUGUGUGGCUUGGGAACCGAUCACUGCGUAGAAGUUCCUUCCGAUGAAAGAUUAAUUAUUGAAAGAAAGGCACAGGGCCAUAUACCAUUUUUUGUUAACGCGACAGCAGGUACAACCGUAUUAGGUGCUUUUGAUCCAAUCGAUGAAAUAGCAGACGUUUGUCAAAAGUAUGGAUGUUGGCUCCACGUAGAUGUGAGUGGAUUACUACUUUCGAGAAAAUACAGGUAUCCAAGAUUUCAAGGAGUCGAGAGAGCGGAUUCAUUGACUUGGAAUCCUCAUAAAUUAAUGGGAACUUUGCUUCAAUGUUCUACGAUUCAUUUCAAAGAAGAUGGACUUUUAAUGAGUUGUAAUAAUAUGAAUGCCGCGUAUUUAUUCAUGCAAGAUAAAUUGUACGAUGUGAAAUAUGAUACGGGAGAUAAAGUAAUACAAUGUGGUCGACACAAUGAUAUUUUUAAAUUAUGGCUUCAAUGGCGUGCCAAGGGAGAUGAAGGAUUUGAAAAACACAUGGAUCGUUUAAUGGAAUUAUCUGAAUACAUGGUUAAAAAAAUCAAAGAAAUGUCCGAUAAGUAUUAUUUGAUAUUGGAACCUGAAAUGGUUAACGUGAGCUUUUGGUACAUACCACCAAGAUUGCGUAACACUCCGCAUACUCCAGAAAAAGAAAAAUUACUCGGAGAUCUGUGCCCGAUUAUCAAAGGAAGAAUGAUGCAAGCAGGUACAUUAAUGGUAGGAUACCAACCAGAUGAUCGUCGUCCAAAUUUUUUUCGAAAUAUAAUAUCGAGUGCUGCUGUUACAGAAAAAGACGUGGAUUUUCUUUUACAAGAAAUCGAUCGUUUAGGUAGGGAUCUGUAA